UCCGCGGCAGUGUAAAGACCCCUCCUUAAUCCCAAUACCUCCGUCCAUUCAGAUCUCUCGCCAUGGCCCAAAACCCGACCCAGAUCUUCGCCGAGGACGUGCAGGAGGAGAGGGGUGAAAAUGCCCGUCUCUCCGCCUUUGUUGGCGCCAUCGCAGUUGGUGACUUGGUAAAGAGCACGCUGGGACCCAAGGGAAUGGACAAGAUAUUACAAUCAGCUUCCACCGGCGAGAUCAUGGUCACGAAUGACGGUGCUACUAUCCUCAAGUCCAUCGCCCUUGACAAUGCCGCCGCUAAGGUCCUUGUCAACAUAUCGAAAGUCCAGGAUGACGAGGUUGGCGAUGGAACCACUUCCGUCACAGUGCUGGCGGCGGAGCUGCUGCGGGAGGCCGAGCAGCUUGUCAACCAGAAGAUUCAUCCCCAGACGAUCAUUGAAGGUUACAGGAUAGCGAGCAAAGCUGCACUCGAGGCCUUGGAGAAGGUCGCGGUGGACAACAGCAAAGACAUUGCUGCCUUCCGGAAAGACCUGAUUGCGAUCGCGAAGACCACUCUGAGCUCCAAGGUGCUCAGCCAGGACCGCGAGCAGUUCGCAGAGUUGGCUGUCGAUGCCGUUCUGAGGCUGGGCGGCUCCUCCGACCUUACACACAUCCAGAUCAUCAAGAAGGCGGGCGGCAAGCUCAAGGACUCGUACUUGGAUGAGGGCUUCAUUCUGGACAAGAAGUUCGGCGUCAACCAGCCGAAGCGCAUUGAGAACGCCAAGAUCUUGGUGGCAAAUACGGCUAUGGACACGGACAAGGUCAAGAUCUUCGGUGCGAGAGUAAAGGUUGACGGCACCAGCAAGCUCGCGGAGCUGGAGAAGGCGGAGAGGGAAAAGAUGAAGCAGAAGGUGGAUCGCAUUAAGUCCCACGGCAUCAACUGCUUCGUCAACAGGCAGCUCAUCUACAACUGGCCUGAGCAGCUCUUCGCCGACUCGGGUAUCUGCUCGAUCGAGCAUGCCGACUUCGACGGCGUGGAGAGACUGGCCCUGGUUACUGGCGGUGAGAUCACCUCCACCUUUGAUCACCCUGAGCAGGUCAAGCUCGGCCACUGCGACCUCAUCGAGGAAGUCAUCAUUGGCGAAGACACCCUAAUUAGGUUUUCUGGGGUCGCGGCAGGAAAGGCUUGCACUAUCGUCCUUCGCGGUGCUACCGAGCAGCUUCUCGACGAGGCUGAGCGUUCGCUGCACGAUGCUCUUGCCGUUCUCUCUCAGACCGUCAAGGAGCCUAGGACGACGCUUGGUGGUGGUUGCGCGGAGAUGGUUAUGGCCAAGGCCGUUGACCAGGCUGCGCACAACGUUGCGGGCAAGAAGGCCAUUGCCGUCGACUCUUUCGCCAAGGCUUUGCGUCAGCUUCCUACCAUACUCGCGGACAACGCCGGUUUCGACUCGAGCGAUCUCGUUAGCAGGCUAAGGAAAGCUGUUUACAACGGCAUGACCAGCUCGGGACUUGACCUACUGACGCCGGGCGGUGGUAUUGUCGACAUGAGGGAGCUGGGUGUGGUUGAAAGCUACAAGCUGAAGAGGGCUGUUGUGUCAUCGGCAAGCGAGGCCGCAGAGUUGUUGCUGAGAGUCGACAACAUCAUUCGCAGCGCCCCCAGGCAGAGGACGCGCAUGUAAGGGGGGUAGUUGGUUCUGAGGAUGGAGCAGAGGGCGGUGGCGCGUAGGAGCAGGAUGAACGAACUCGACUGGUUACGAUAGAAGCGUGCAACGGUCGGAGGGGUAGAUAUUGUUAUAAUAUACACGCCCCUCGUGAGCAACACAUCCCAAUUAUGAAUGCGACC